AGUAGUGUAUAUUAUGAUAUCCAAUGAUUCUCUGCUUUACAAGUAUUCUUCGACUGCUGCCAAUAAAAAGAAUGGAAGUGAAAAAGGAACUGGGAAAAUUGGUUUAAGUGGUUCGCGUGAAAACUUACUUGACCAGUCAUGAGUCCCAUGUUACGGCUUCAUAUCUUUUUAACCCAGGUAAAGUCAACAACAUAUGUUGCCAAGAUUCCUUUACGUUGUAUGGCUUCUAUCUCUUCUUCUUCUUCUUCUUCUUCUUCUUCUUCUUCAUCAGUACCUCCUGCCAUAUUUGCCAGAGGAAGUGGAGGACGCUCUUCGUUUAGUGGUGUCAUAGCAACAGUCUUUGGAAGUACUGGUUUUCUUGGAAGAUAUGUCGUCAAUCAACUUGGAAGAGUUGGAUCACAAGUUAUUGCAACUUGGAGAGGAGAUGAAUUGGAUGCUAGACACCUCAAGCCUAUGGGAGACCUCGGUCAAAUAAUACCGUUUGAAAUAGAACUAAGACACCACGAGUCCUUAAGGAAAUCAAUGGAAAACUCCAACGUUGUGAUCAACUUGUUGGGAAAAAACUAUCCCACAAGAUAUUAUUCUUUAUAUGACGUUCAUGUUACUGCGUCCAGAACGAUAGCACAAAUUGCCAAAGAAGUUGGCGUAGAACACUUUAUUCAUGUCUCUUCGAUUGGCGCGGAUAAGAACUCAAAAUCAGAAUUUCUGAGAACAAAGGCACUCGGAGAAGAAGCUGUGAGAGAUAUUUUUCCUUCGGCUACAAUAAUAAGACCCUGUGAUAUAUUUGGGGACGAAGAUAACUUUAUCAAUCGAGCUUGCAUAAUAGUCAAAACAUUUCCUUUCAUUCCACUAGUAAAUGAAGGUAGAUGCAAAGUACAACCUGUUUGGUGUAAUGAUAUUGCGAUGGUCAUAAGAAGAGCUUCUCAGGAUCCUGAAAUGUUUCUUGGGAAGACUUUUGAGCUUGGAGGUACAAAAGUCUAUACUAUAAGGGAGUUUUACGAAUGGAUUCUGAGAGAGACCAAGUUGCCAAAUACAUUUCAAGAUUUACCACAGAGAGUGGCGGAGUUGAUGUUAUUCUUUGCUGAAAAGAGAAUACCGAUCCUUAAUCCCGAUCCCAAAUAUACUAGAGACCAUCUUAUUCGAGAGACUUCAGAUAUGAUAGUUACAUGUAAAAAUGGGGAGCUUACUUUUGCCGAUGUUGAUACAGUUCCUCAUGAGUUUGACAGUGAUAUUGCUAAAGAAGUAACGAAACUUUAUCGUCGUGCAGGUGAUGCUUCCGAAUUGUACUACCGAUAAUGGUAAAGGGUUUCGAAUGAUUCUUUGGCAAGUUUCAUAGCAUGCUUAUAACGUAAUCAAUGUGCAUUUUAAAAUCUUUUCAAUAAAAUGGUAUCACUUGCUGUUUCAAAGUUAG